AUGGUGUGUUGUUUACAAACAACAUUUGAAUUCUUUAAUUCAAAACUUUUCUUUCUAAAUAAUGAACGAAGUUUUAUCUUGUCAGAUUUGUCUUGAUUAUUCAUAUAUAUAUAUUCAAAAAAUGAGUGAUUCCUGUUGAUGUUAGUUUAAUAUUUUAUUGUUAUAAAUUUAGGGACUAAUGAAAUAAGUUUAUGAGAUUAUGUAUUUACCAUAGGCUACGAGAAAGUAAAACUUUUCUUCUAAUUCAGUGUCUAGUUCAUUAUCAUUUUAAAUAAAUUGUUGAACGUUUUCAAAAAUAUUAAAUAAAUAAGAGUAAGAUUAAUCAUUCAUUAUUAUAAAAACUAUGACUAUGUUUAUUGUAGGAUUCGAACAAGCCUAUUACAAGUUUUUUCUCAUCUUUAUGGUUUUCUGACAACCUAAAGAAUACAUUAUUUGGUUUGAAAGAUGUUACAAUGGUAAAGGAUAUUGUUUUGCCAUACAAUUUUUAUCAAGAUGUUGUCCGUGCUAAGAAUACAGAAAGCAAUCCCUCCUAUUAAAAAUAUCACAUCAACAUUUCGACUAACAUCCUCUCUACUAUUACACAAGAAACCAUUCUCAUCUAAUGUAAAUAAUUUAAAGCACAUACCAAAUUUUAAGAAUAAGUCUCUUCCUGAUUAUAAAACUGGCUUUGGUAGUCAGUAUCAUCCUUUGGCUCCGUUUGAAGUAGCAAAUGAAAAAAUUAAAAGUUACUUUUCAGAAAAAUCUCCUGAAACAUUUGAUGAUUGGGAAGAUGCAAAAAUGCAUUUUUUCACUGAAAUAUCUCUUUUGUCGGACAUCAACUAUAGUAGUAUUAUCAUGAAUACACUAUUGAAUGAAAACAACAUCAAGUUAGCUCAAUCUUUCAUGAACUAUUUGCAAAAAAGUAAUAUGAAGCCUAAUGUAUUAGCAUACCUUCAAUAUAUCGCUUUGUGUGGGAAGAAUGUUGAGGUGUGUGGGCAAGAAGAAAUUUUUAAAAGUUUUAAUCAAAUUCAAGAUUUCAUCGAAAAUACUCCUAUUUUUGAUAUGAAACGAGGUGUUUAUAUUAUACAAGGUAUUUGUAGCACAGAUAAAUGGCGUUCUGCCUUUGACUAUCUUAAGAGAAUUCCAUCCCCGUGUUUGGAAAUUAGAAAUAGUCUAGCAUCUGCUGCUAUACGAAACGGGGAUGAGACUCUAGCAUGGGAAAUCAUCUCAAAACGGUUUAAGAAGGGUGAAGUUUUGGGUAAUCAAGUUAUUGAAGAAUUUUUAAAAUAUGCGAAUGAAUUAUUGGUAAAAGAUAGAAGUAAAGCUGAGACUUUCUUGUUAAAGAUUUUCAAGUAUAUGGAAUGUCAUAAUCUCCAAUUAACUAAAAAUACUGUGACUUUAGUUGAAAAAUUUUUUAUGAGGCAUUCCUCAGACUGGAGCAUAAAGUAUACAAAGGUUAAUCGAACAGGAGAAUGUGAAUUUUGUAAGAAAUGUUUGAAGCCUGUGGAAUUAUCAGAAUCAGAAUUUUCUAUGUUAGAAAAAAGCUUCAUGGAGAAAUCUGUUAAAAAGGGGGAUAUUUUUAUUAAUACAACUUUUGAUGAAUUCAAGAAAUAUAUGUCUUUUAUUGAGCGUCACAAACCUUUUCAUAUUGUAAUUGAUGCAUUGAAUGUAGCAUAUACGACAAAGAAGAAAAAGAUUGCGAAGAAUUUAGCUAUUCAUCUGCUUCGAAUUGUGGAGAGACUUUCUUCGAAAUCAUCUCGCAGAAUACUUGUCUUGGGUCGCAAACACAUGAUUGGGUGGCCUCCGAAUCUAAUGAGAAAAAUUUCGAAUCUAUCUGCUGUUUUUCUCACAAACAAUAUUUCUCAAGAUGACCCUUUCACAGUAUAUGCAGCCUUGGCUAGUGGACCUAAUACAUUUAUAUUGACCAUGGACUUGAUGAGGGAUCAUAUGUCCCGUCUGGAUGAUCCUUACCUGAUUGCACUGUUCAAAAAAUGGCAGCAGUCACAUCAAAUUUUACUGGUAGUUGAUGAAAACGACAAUUUCAAACUUAUGAAUCCUGUAAAACACAGCAUAAGUAUUCAAGGCAGUAUGGAAUCUGGUUGGCACAUCCCUUACGAUGAUGAAAUAAUUCGUGAACCUUAUGAGGAAUUAAACAAUUGGCUCUGUAUUCAGAAAUCUUGAUAGAUGACCCAUAUUAUUUAUGUAUUUGUUGCAUUAGAAAUGAACAUCGUUGAAAUUUCUGUAAAUAUGUAAUAAAUAACUUCCUAGUUC